AUUCCGUUCUGAGGAAUAUAGAGGAGUACAGCCUCGUCAUCCCCACCAGCACCGAUUCAGAGGGCAGGUUCCUAUCCCACUUGGUGUCUGGACCACCAAAAGCACGUUUCAGGAGAGCUGUGGAGGACUUGCAACAUGAAGCAGCAAACGAGCAAAUAUUUUACAAUGUCACUGUUUUUGGAAGAGAGUUUCACUUCAGGUUGCGGCCAAACUCCAGGCUGGUGGCCCCUGGAGCAACAGUUGAGUGGCAGGAGGACUCUGAGGAGACUCACAUUGAACCUCUCUAUGGGAAUUGCCUCUAUGUUGGGGAUAUCACUGAUUUGCCAAAUGCCUCAGUGGCUAUCAGCAAUUGUGAUGGGCUGGCUGGCAUGAUUCGCACAGACAAGGACGAGUUCUUCAUCGAACCUCUGGAGAAAGGGGCCCAGGAGGAGGAAGAGGGAAGAGGCAGAACACACGUGGUCUAUCGUAGAGCAGCUGCCAAAAAGCAGCUUCCUAUGGAGAACAUGGAUACCCUGUAUAAAGCUGCUAACCUCACGAAUUUGGAUAGUCUGGACAGCACGUUGAGCCUGGUUGAAGAGCAGGUGCAGAGAUCGAGGCAACGCCAUCGAAGACACGCGACCGAGGACGAUUACAACAUCGAAGUCCUUCUGGGCGUUGAUGACUCAGUUGUUCAGUUCCAUGGGAAAGAACAUGUUCAGAAGUACCUGCUGACCUUGAUGAAUAUUGUUAAUGAAAUUUAUCAUGACGAGUCCCUGGGUGCUCACAUUAACGUUGUCUUGGUGAGGAUAAUCCUGCUGAGCUAUGGCAAGUCUAUGAGUCUGAUAGAGAUUGGGAACCCUUCUCAAAGUCUGGAGAAUGUGUGUCGCUGGGCCUACUUGCAACAGAAACCUGACACUGGGCACGCAGAGUACCACGACCAUGCUAUCUUUCUCACAAGGCAGGAUUUUGGUCCAUCAGGCAUGCAGGGCUACGCUCCAGUCACCGGGAUGUGUCAUCCUGUGCGAAGCUGCACUCUCAACCAUGAGGAUGGUUUUUCAUCUGCAUUUGUGGUGGCUCACGAAACUGGACAUGUUUUGGGCAUGGAGCACGAUGGCCAAGGGAACAGAUGUGGGGAUGAAGUCCGUCUGGGGAGCAUCAUGGCCCCCCUUGUGCAAGCUGCAUUCCAUCGCUUCCACUGGUCUCGCUGCAGCCAGCAAGAGCUGAACAGAUACCUCCAUUCCUACGAUUGUCUGCGUGACGAUCCCUUCGAACAUGACUGGCCUUCCCUUCCACAGCUGCCAGGAAUUCACUACUCCAUGAAUGAGCAGUGCCGAUUUGAUUUUGGUUUGGGCUACAUGAUGUGCACAGCUUUCCGUACAUUUGAUCCCUGCAAACAGCUGUGGUGUAGCCACCCUGAGAAUCCCUAUUUCUGCAAAACUAAGAAAGGGCCUCCGCUGGACGGGACCAUGUGUGCACCAGGAAAGCAUUGCUUUAAAGGUCACUGCAUCUGGCUCACACCAGAUAUACUGAAGCAGGAUGGACACUGGGGGGCAUGGAGUAAGUUUGGCUCUUGUUCUCGCACCUGUGGCACUGGGGUGAAGUACAGGACACGCCAGUGUGACAACCCACAUCCUGCCAACGGAGGCCGCACGUGUGUGGGGCCUAGCUACGAGUUCCAGCUGUGUAACACACAGGAGUGUCCCAAGGACUUUGAGGAUUUCAGAGAGGAGCAGUGUCGGCAGUGGGACCCUUACUUUGAGUACCAGAACACGAAACACCACUGGCUCCCCUAUGAACAUGUUGAUGCUAAGGAGAGAUGCCACCUGUACUGCGAAUCAAAGGAAACAGGGGAUGUGGUGUAUAUGAAACGGAUGGUUCACGACGGGACUCGCUGCUCCUACAAGGAUGCUUACAGCAUCUGCGUGCGGGGAGACUGCUUGAAAGUUGGGUGUGACAGGGUCAUAGGUUCCACGAAGCAGGAAGAUAAGUGUGGUGUUUGUGGAGGAGAUAAUUCCCACUGCAAAGUGGUGAAAAGAACAUUUUCAAGAGUACCAAAGAAACAAGGGCACAUUAAGAUGUUUGAAAUUCCUGCGGGUGCGAGACAUUUGCUUAUACAGGAAACAGAUGCCACCAGUCAUAAUCUUGCUAUUAAAAAUCGUGAAACGGGGAAAUUCAUUCUAAGCGAAGACAACUAUGUGCCAGACUCUAAAGUAUUUAUUGACAUGGGUGUGGAGUGGGAAUAUCGGAAUGACGACGAUAGAGAGACGGUGCAGACCAUGGGGCCACUGCGUAAUGGGAUAGUUAUUCUGGUGAUUCCUCAUGGUGGUGCCAAGAUAUCUUUGACUUACAAGUACAUGAUCCAUGAAGAUUCCUUGAAUGUAGAUAACAACAAUGUUUUGGAAGUGGACUCAGUGACAUACGAAUGGGCAUUGAAGAAAUGGUCCCAAUGUUCAAAACCUUGUGGAGGAGGCUACCAGUUCACAAAGUAUGGCUGCCGGAGGAAGACAGACCACAAGAUGGUUCAUAGGAGUUACUGCGAGUUGAUCCCAAAGCCCAAGCCCAUCCGCAGGGUGUGCAACCUCCAGGAGUGCUCCCAGCCCAUAUGGGUUACAGGAGAAUGGGAAACUUGCAGCAAAACUUGUGGGAAAACAGGGUAUCAAGUUCGAUCUGUGCGAUGCAUUCAGCCUCUCCAUGAUAACACCAAUCGGUCUGUUCAUACCAAGUACUGCAACAACAACCGCCCGGAAGGCAGGAGACCCUGCAACCGGGAGCUCUGCCCUGCCCAGUGGAGAAUAGGACCAUGGUCACAGUGCUCUGUCAGCUGUGGCAAUGGCACACAGGAUCGCCCGGUGCUGUGCCGGACCAGGGACAAUGCUAUUGGCCUGUGUAAAGAGAAUAAACCAGAGAGCGUAAGGAUUUGCAGACUACCUCCGUGUCCAAGAAACGUUUCUGAUCCUUCAAAGAAAACCUACAUGAUACAAUGGCUGUCAAGACCCGAUCCAGACUACCCCAUCCAGAAAAUAUCUUCAAAAGAUCAUUGUCAAGGAGACAAGUCAACGUUUUGUCGCAUGGAAGUUCUGUCUCGUUACUGCUCCAUUCCCAGUUACAAUAAGCUGUGUUGCAAGUCCUGUAAUGUGUACAGCAACACAACAGCAGAUGCCAACGUAACUGAUGCUAAUGUAAAUAAGAAUAAUAUCAUUGAGGAGGAGCUCCUGACAACCCUCAGCCCUCCCACGGGAGUGUCCACCACACAGUCUGCUACCAGCUCUCCUCUGGUUUCCAAAACACGCUCACCCCCUUCCAAUGCCACUGAGGAGCACCCAGAGAUCAAUGCAGUGGAUGUUCCCUAUAAAGUUGAUGGGUUGGAUAACGAAGUACCACAGCACAACAUCAUUACAAGGAGGAGGAUGACUUAUGAAAAGACAAAGAAUAAAAGAAUUCAGCAGCUGAUUGCUGAGAAAAUAAAAAGAGAGACUCUUAGGAAAAGAAACUAA